AUGGAGCAAAACGAAAAGGAACAAGCAGAAGAGAAAGAAGAGAUAAAGCUUGGAAGACUGCAGUAUAAGCUGGAUUAUGAUUUUCAACAAAAUCAGUUGUCAGUAACAGUAAUCCAAGCAGAAGAUCUUCCGGGAAUGGAUAUGAGUGGGACAUCAGAUCCAUAUGUGAAACUUUAUCUUCUACCAGAAAAAAAGAAGAAAGUAGAAACGAAAGUGCACCGCAAAACGCUUAAUCCAGUCCAGUUUGCAGAGAUAGCAUCGAAGACACUUGUUUUUGCUGUUUAUGACUUUGAUCGGUUCUCGAAACAUGAUCAGAUUGGACAGGUACUAAUCCCUCUGGGAAAAAUCGACCUGGGACAAGUAAUUGAAGAGUGGAAAGAUAUCGCACCACCACCUGACGAUAAGGAAGCUGACAAAAGUUUGGGCGAUAUUUGCUUCUCAUUGAGGUACGUCCCAACAGCUGGUAAACUUACAGUAGUAAUUUUGGAAGCAAAAAACUUGAAAAAAAUGGAUGUCGAUCCAUACGUAAAGAUUGUUUUGUUGCAAAGUGGAAAACGUCUGAAAAAGAAGAAGACUAGUAUUAAAAAAUGCACGCUGAACCCAUAUUACAAUGAAUCCUUCUCCUUCGAAGUACCAUUCGAGCAAAUUCAGGGUCCGUGGUUGUCAAUAGUCAGGAAAAAGCAAACUUCCUUUCAGAUUCAGGCUCAACAAGUAUUUAAUGAUCAGUUUCAGAAAGUAUCACUGAUGAUUACUGUGAUGGAUUAUGAUAAAUUGGGUUCAAACGAUGCCAUCGGUCGAUGUGUCUUAGGUUGUUCAGCAACAGGCGCAGAAUUACGUCACUGGAUGGAUAUGCUUGCAAGCCCACGUAGACCUAUCGCUCAGUGGCAUACUUUAGGACCAGUUGAAGAGACAGAGAAAUCCUAA